CUUCUAAAACAUUUUGUACAAAUUUUUAAGUGUACCUUAAUUUUUUUAUAACAAAAUUUAAUUUCAAUGACUACAAAGUAUAUUUCUUGAUCAAAAUAGUUUAGACAUGAAAAAAAUGAAUUUUUUAUAUUAAUAAAUAAUAUGUAUUUGAAUGCAGCGCGUUCUAUAUUCGGGGUAACAUCCUAUAACAAGGGUGUCGAACUGCCUCCCCUCAAGCUAGUGACUCUGAUUAGGGGUUCCCCUACUACUUCUACUUUAGAAGCUUCCCGAGAUUGGUACUUAUUUACUGUCAAUACAAACAGAUAAAUGUAGGUAAGUAUGGAGAGGGUAACUCUCCGUGAGGGGAAAGUCACUAUGGAGUUCGCGAGCUUUCAGUUCGACACCCCUGUUAUAAAAGUGAUAAAUAAAAAAAUAUAACGGAAAAUAAGUAAUUUGUAACAAAGUAAAUUGGUGGUGUUACUAACAAGAAGAAUGACUUCUAUAAGUCUUACUAAAUACUUGUAUUGUGAACACUACAAGAAAUUACUUAAUGAUGUGAGUACUCGUGAGACAACUGAUGGUGUACCAAUUAAAAAGUUAUUUAUUAGUAAUUUAGCAAAAAGAACUACAUACAAAGAUCUUAAAAAACUAUUUUCUAAAUAUGGAAACGUGAAAAGUUGUUUCUUAAUAAGGAAUCAAGGAAAAAGUAACUUUGCUUUUGUUACUUUUGACACAGUGGAACCAACUAUAAGAGCUAGAUAUGAUAUCAUACAACUACACAACAGAUACUUAAGAGUGCAACCAGCGGAUUCAUGGCAUCAACCAGAUAGUAUAGGAUACCAAUAUUAUAACAAAGAUUGGCAAAAAUCUUGUGAGAAAUUGUCAAAUGAACAAUGUAAUGAAGACUUCAUUGAGAAUAGCAUUACAGAGAAUAACAUUCAAAUAUUGAAUGAUGAUUGCUUAAAGCAUAUUUUUUGUCAAUUACCAGUUGUAGAUAGAGUUAGAAUAGAAAGAGUGUGCAAAAAGUGGAAAUCUUUAAGUCAAGAAUCUUGGAGCAAUGUUAGAAAACUGGAUUUUUCACGUACUUCUGUACUUUCUGAUGUGGUAACUGAUAUUAUUAUCCUUCGUAAAAUACUGUUGCGGUGUGGUAGAUUUUUAAAUGAAAUCAAUCUAUCGGAUAUGAAACAUGAAUUAAGUCGGAGUACAUUGAGCAUUACUGCAAAAUUAUGUCCUAACUUACAACGAAUUGAUGUCAGUUCUCUUAGUGUUUCUAUAGCUGGAAUUAAUUCAUUAACAAAUCAUUGCCAUAACAUUACAAAACUCAGUCUUGGUAAUACAGAUAUCAUCAAUAAUAUCCGUGACAGGGACUUACAAAAAUUAUUUGAAGUGAAUUCAAAAUUACGAUGUCUCAAAAUAGAUACAUACAAUGUAUCUGGAAGUUGUUUAUUAUAUUUACCAUUAGAAGCAAUGGAAGAAAUUAUUUUACUAAACUGUAGGCAUCUUCAAGAACAAUAUUUAUCUCAGGCAAUCAAAAGGUUGCAUAAUCUGAAGACUCUUAGAAUUCAAUGGUCUGAUGUUUCUGUUAAUGUAAUUCAAGCUAUUGGUACAUAUUGCAUAAGUUUGAAAAUACUUCAACUUUCUGAGUUUUGGCUUAUAGAGCCAAAUGAUAUGCUACCCAUCACACAACUCCCUAAUCUUGAAGUUCUAAUAAUUUAUGGUAAUACAUUUAUUACGGAUGAACUUCUUUGUAACAUAGCAUCAAAAUGUCAACAACUUACUUAUCUAGAUAUCUCUAGUAAGCUAAAUAUUCUUUCACAAUAUAUACAAGAUUGUCAGUCGAUCACGAAUGUUGGUAUAGCAGCUGUAACAACAUUACAAAAAUUAGAAACAUUAAUAAUGAAUCACUUAAUAAAUGUAACAGACAUUGAUAUACAGAAAAUGUGUAACUUGAAGAAAUUCGAAUGUCGUGCUUGCAGCUUUAGCGAUACAACAAUAACUGAACUUUUAGCAUCUGCAACUCAAUUAGAAUUAUUAGACUUAACAUCUUGUCAUAAAAUUACAAAUCUCACACUAAAGAAAGCCGCUGCGGUUACUGUAAAUAGAGUUAAUAAUAAAGUUUUAAAAAUUUUUGUUGGAAGAACUAAAGUAAACCUCAAGAAGUUUGAAGAAGUCACGCCGUUUUUGCACAUAGUUAAUGUACUCUUUUAAUUAAACUACUUUUUGUAUACAAUUUGUACCUUAAUAAAAUACUGUGCAAUGUUUUUGUAAAU